AUGGGGGAAAACGUUUCGUUUUCUGCUGAGCGGCCGGUGGCGAGUUUCUCGCCCGGGGACGCCGAGGAAGGGACAAAUGCCAGAAAAGCGGGGGCCACCCCUCUUAGGAGUGACGCACCCAAGCAGCAAACAAUGGCCCCCUCGGCCGCCGGCCGCAAAGAGAUCCGAACCUACCUCGAUUGGGUAACCUCCCAACCGUACUGCCGGGAGGCCUUCGCGCAAGGAGCCCGUUUGGGCACGGAAGCUUUGGCUGCCGCGGGCGGAUGGGAACCAGCCAUUCGCCUCUUGCGCGAAGAGUGGGAGGCGAGGCCAGGGGCCGACAACUUUGUUGCCCUUAGAGGCUCAGCUCUCGAAGGGCUCGUCCCGGAGCCACUUCUCAAAGAGGCCAGGGAAAACGCGCAGUUCGGGAUCGAAGCUUGUGUCACGGGCCUAGCCUACGAGAGGGUGCGCGCUCUCCCCCACCCGAGCCUCAAAGGAUAUAUCGAUGAGGCGGGGGAGCAGCUGUGGAAGGAUUGCUCCAAGGGUCGCGUCCUUCUCGCAAAGGAAUGCCCUCAGCUCGAAGGGGUGGUUUCCGCUCCAUUGGCAAGGGUUCCCAAGCGGAACCCAGACAGAACCCUUAGCACAAAGGGGAGGCUUAUAUGGGACGCCAGGAGAGUAAAUACUUACUGCUCCAAGGAGCAGCAUCCGCCAGCAUUGCAACCGAAGCACGCCGAACUGACCAGGCUGGUCCUAUGGUGGACCUCGCGGCUACCAGGUCUUGGUGUCAAGCUCGCGAAGAAAGAUACUUCGGAAGCCUUUAAGUGGGUUCCGAUUACGCCGGCAGACUCGCGGUUUUUCGCUGCUGAUUUGCCGGGGGCAGAGUUCGGCCUCGACUCCGAUGUUGUCGCUCUGUAUCGGGUGCUCACUUUUGGGCUUUUGGGUGGCGGGGAUCCCCGGGCGAACUGGCACGACUCCGUGCCGUUUGCCACCCUCAUCCUCAUGGACGACGCCGUGCUAGUGGAACCUGAGGUGGGGCUUCGACCCUACCUCGCUUCCGAGACCUUGGAGACCCUCACGAGGACGGUGCUUGGGAACCAGGCCCUCAACGCUGACAAGGAUUGGGAAGAGGGGGGAUUCGACUACACCAAGAUUGUAUGGGGUCUUCAGUACAACACCAUAGACCUCACGCGCAGUUUGCCGGCGCCCAAGCUGGAAAAAGCCGCACACCUAUUGGCCCUGGAAGAUUUCGAUCGGGGCCGACGUAUUGUGGCCUUACGCUUGGUACAGGAGCUUCGGGGAAACCAACAAUUCUGGCUUUCGGCGAUGCCCGUCCUCUCGGGACUUUUAAGCGCCACCAAUGCGCUGCUGGGCCCGGCUACCCCUGUCGGGGACGCCGUCCCCCAAAGAGCCACCGCCGCGGAAAGGGAGCGGAACUGGGUUCGCUUUUGGGACGCCAUCGAGGUGCAGCGCUAUCUGGUUGGGGUGCGAGAAGAUUGGGCAACCACCUUUACUCACCCUAUGGUUUCGGCCUUGACCCUCCGCGAGCUCUUGGCUAUGCCCCAGAAUCGGGACAAAGUGGUUUGGGCCUCUGGAGACGCCACCCUCGACCGAGUGGCCGCUAUCGAUUGGACCGCGGGCCUUGCUUUCUCUCUGCCCGCCGACUCCUUCCGGGAGCCGCUGCUUUCUUUUGUGGCCGAAGCUACCGCCACUCCUCUGGCCUUCCAAGAAGGGGCUGAGGACCUCGCGUUCGAGCCCAGCCCAGGUGAAAAAUUCAUAGUUGCCGUGACUGAGACCUACCACAACCUCACCGCCGAUGCCCUUACCCGCGAAGAUCCUCAGGCUGUUAUGCAGGCUAAAGGGUUAGAAGGGGUUCCUGGGGUUGCCGAGUUCGUGUCGGGUCUCCUGGCUCGUGGGUGGCUCAAGCGCGCCUUCCUUUGGGGGGCACAGCACGACACGGGGCGGGACCACGCGCUCCGUGUGGCAGUUCACCGAGAAGGCACGCCUAUGAGCGCGCCGGUUUCGGGUGGGACCCCUUCCCUCCUCGACCUCCGGGUCUUGGAGUGGGAUGGAGUGAUGUCGCGCUAUGCUCGGGCUUUCGCCUCAUCUGGAGCGGAGGUCUGGCAACCGCGACGGACGCUACAACACUACGGCACUCAAUGGACCGGGGAGGAGGUCGACCUUGUGCUUUGCAGCCUGGUUCCACGGCAAGUGGACCCGGUUGGCCUAGCCCGUGGCGCGCUUCGCGCCCGGGCCAAGGCCGUCUGGGCGGACGCCUUAACCCAAAAGGCCGCCCUCGAUCUGAAAGGGGCUCUCGAGUCCACCUCCAGCUGGCGUUUGCGACCUUCCUUCGGAAGAGAGCACCCGCGAAGCGAUGCGGGGUUGGGUUUUGGAUCGGAGAGCGCGGUGCGUUCCGCGCCCGGUCACUCUCAGGGCGAUCUCGCCUCAGAAGUUGAGCAGGCCAUGCUUCUGUGGCCGGGCCACCGUCAGAGUCGGGGAGCGGAGGACCGCCGGGCAGGCGGGCCAUCCGGGAAGAAAGGCCAGAAGUCCAAGAAGGGCAAGUCUCCCAAGGACCGGGAAGUAGAGCUUAGUAAAGCCAUGUCCCAGCUCUUGCGCCACGCGGCGGGAACUGGGGACUGCCCGAUCACGGAAGAUGGCUGGGUUCGGGCGGCAGACGCCCUUCACUUCCCUCGGAUCGCCAACUUAGGGGUCACCAUGGACGAACUCCGAGCCGCGGUGAGGAACAACUCCAAAGCCAGGAUAACCUGGGCGGAGGAUUCCGGGGACGGGGCUGGCCACUCGAUCUCCGGAGUAACGGGAGCGCCAGGGAUUUGGGCCCCCAAGCCUGAGCCGAGCCUCACCGAAGCUGUGGCGGAGGAAGCGCCUCCUGGAAGCGCUCUGUCGGUGGACGUGGACACCCAGGAGGUGGUCCCCCUCACCCAGGGCGAGGCCGAAAAGGCUAUUGAAGAGGAGGCGGCAGAGGCUGCCUCUGACCUAGACUGGUCCGCCGACGAGUCGGACUACGAGAUCACUCAGGCCGAACCGGGAGAACUCACUGCGCCCCGCCAUCGGAAGGUCACCGGAAUGAUCCUGGAGCUCGAGAGUCCAGAGGCUAGGGGAUCCGACGACGCGCCCCCUGUUGCGUCUUCUGCGGAGCCCGAAGAGCCCAAAGAAGGGACGGGCUCAGCUAAGCGCCGCAGGGUAGUGUUCGGAAGCGCUAACAUCCUUCUGAUGGCGUCCAUCGCCGAAGCGGACCAAGCUAACUGGCGGACCCUUUCCACCCGCCUGGCCGAAGCUCAGGGCACCAGCUUUGAUAAAGCAGAGCUUGUGGAGAGACUCGGUCAGUUGGCGGAGGCGAGAAGGGAGAGCAAGCGCCGCUUGGACCAAACGGCGCAGGAUGAGAGGAAGCGGCUUUCUCAGAUCUCCACCGAACAGGAAGAGUAUUUGGCAAAGCUCUCACCGGCCCUGCGCCAGUUGGAAGAACAGAACCCAGUCGGCCCGAGGCAAGGAGUGCCGCUACUGACAACAAACAGGCUGACAGCGGACAUAGAGGCGGGAACCCCUGUGUGGGUAGCCCGGCGACGCCAGAGGGCGCGGGAAAGGGCAGCCGCUCACCAAGCGGCGCAGGCCGCGGGGAGGGAGCUCCGAGAGUUCCGACGCCACCUGCUGCAAGAGGGCUCGGCGCCACAGUCUCUGCGAAGGCAACCUGAUUCAAAGGCGAGGAAGAAACGGCGACGGGAGGCACGGCGGAACAAAGCCAGGAGCAGCCCUGGGGCCUCCACGGCACUAGUCGCGACCGUUGCCGCCUCCGCGCCCUCGGGUGCCUCAGCUCUCAAGGUGGGAACCGUUGGGCUCGAACCCUUUGUCGGGCUGGCUACGCUGAUCGCCUUGGUCGUCCUUUUGGGGCUCCUUGGGCACGCCGUGGCGCGUUUCGCGCCCGGCCGCUCAUUCUCAAAAUCGGACCAAGCCAAGCUGGUUUUGCUUUUGAUGUUCUCUCUCUUCACCGUUGCGGAGAGCCAACCACCCCCCGGGGCGGAGGGCUCGGGACGAUACCUUUUGGAACUGAUGGCAUGCUUGGUGCUGCUCGUCGGCAUGGUUCUGGGGUGUACCGUCAGCAAGCUCUCAAACAGAUCCGGACCCACGCGCGAUUCAGCGGUCCAAACGAUCGCCACAUACCUGCCCGCGGAAGGGGGAAUCAAAGUCACCCCUAGUGGGGAAAGAUUCCACCUCGAACACUGCGGGCAUGUGCGCAAUCGCAGGGGGAGGAUCCUACACCCUUGCCUCGACUGUGCUCCCCUGGAAGCGCAAACGGGAACGCAUGAGCCGGUCACGCGUGCUCCCCGGGGGCAGAGGAGGGAUGAAGCUAAAAGGGACAACAAUCACCCAUACGCACAGCCCUCUUCUGUCCUUCCUCCUUUUGGUAGCCAGGCGUUCCUUGCUUUGGCCGGUCUCGUCCUUCUCCUUCUUGGGAUGUCCUUAUUCCUUCAGGGCUGCACUUGGAACCCGGCAGGGUUCUUAACGGCAGGAGGAGGGGCCGUGGCGAGGUUCUCGCCCGGCUUCCCUCGGGAGGCUGUCGGACCGAGUGGCCUCCGGCGUGUGGGGGUCCAGUUCGAUCUUUCACAGGUCGAGGAUAGCGGAGGAGAGGCUCGGACUGAAGACAAGAGGCCCACCAGGCCCAGGAAGAAAAGCAGUGACCCGCCACCUGGGGUCACCGUUCCGUUCCUGGGAGGGCCCAAGAAAACCUUGCAACUUAUGCCGAAGGGGGCCACCCACAAGUUCGCGAUUGUGCAAGGGCGUGAUGAGUGGGCCGCUGAAACCCUCUCGCUUCUGCUAGCUCGGCUAGCGGACUCCACGAGGCGCACUUAUGCGUCGCAGUGGCGCUGGUGGGAGCUUUUCUGCGGCCGAAGACAGCUGUCUCCGUGGAGACGGGUUGUGGGCUACGACCCGGCGGAAGAAGACUUGUUCGUGCAAUUCGUGGUCCACUGCGGGGUGAACUUCGGCAAAGCUCCCGGGACAGUCAAGUCUCGCCUGGCUGCUGUGCGGGCCUACCACCUGACGGCUGGGUUGCCCGACCCGACGGCCAAUAUGCCCAAAGUCACCCUCGCCAUAGCCGGUCUCAAGAAGCGGUAUGGAACCAAGGAACGAAGGAGGCCGGUAACCCCGGCAAUGCUCAAGUGGCUCCACGCCCACCUCUGGUCUGGAGCCCUCACGCAUCAGGAGGCCUCUCUUCAGUGGGCAUCUGUCUCCUUGGCCUUCUUUUUCCUCUUGAGAGCCUCGGAGUACCUCGACGCAGGUUAUAAAAGGGGCAUGAGGGGCGAAGACGUGAGGCUCUUUUGCAAGGGCAUCCCUUGCAAAUAUGGGGAGAUAGGACAGGCGGACGAGGUGUCUGUCACCAUCCGCGGAUCCAAGACAGACGUCUACAAUCGCGGUGAGGUGAGAAAUCACUACCGCACGGGGCUGGACAUAUGCCCCGUGCAAGCGGCGGUGGACCUCUUCCGAGCCUUCCCGCUCAGGUACCACGGGGCUGCUGAGGCCUCCGAAUUCCUUUUCCGCGACUCCGAAGGCUCGCCGCUGCCAAGAGCGGUGAUCACGGUUUUGCUUCGGAAGGCGGCGGCAGCGCUUGGGGAACCCGAAGGAACCUUGGGUACCCAUAGCCUGCGUUUUGGCGGGGCAUCAGCCCUGUGGUCCGCCUUUGGAAAUGCCUCUAUCGUUAAACGAUAUGGCAGAUGGACCUCUGAGAGUUUCCAGACUUACCUCUGGGACUCCAGAGAGGACACCAGGGACGUCGCACGCCGUAUGGCAGAGACGAGCCUGGCUCCUCGCUGA